CCAAGGAUUUCAUCCGACAUUUACUGGAGAAAAACCCAAACACGAGGUUUACCUGCGAAGAAGCCCUGCGGCACCCAUGGAUUAAUGGAAAUACAGCCCUUCACCGUGACAUAUACCCAUCUGUCAGCGCUCAGAUUCAGAAAAACUUUGCAAAGAGCAAAUGGAGGCAAGCCUUCAACGCCGCAGCCGUUGUGCACCACAUGAAGAAGCUCCACAUGAACGGUCACGCAGCGGCUGAGAGCACCCUCCCCGUUAUCCAAGUCGCAGAGGCAUCCAGACCCAACACACCCACGGUGGCCACCCGGCCAGCAGUGCCAAAUGAAGACAAGGACACGCCGCUCCCUCUGGUCCCCAUGCAGGGCUGCCCAAACCCUCCCGCUCAGCUGCAGCAAGAUGCAGGAAUGAGAGAGGGAAAGCCGCAAAGCCACUCGGAGAGCGGACCGCUGCCCGCGGGCAGCAGCCUGGUCCUGCCAGAUAACCACAGCCCGCCAACCAGAACUUCUUGUGGCUGCAGUCCAGCCUGCGUGGGGCACGAGAAAACUAAGACAUCCUUCUGCUCCGAGACAGUGCUGCUUAAAAAAUCUGCAAAAUCCCACCAUUUCAAAUCAGAAGUUCUUGUUCCAAUGAAAACCAGUAAACACUCUUCUCACUGUGGCACUGGGCAAACUGGAGUUUGUUUGAUCAUGUGAUGAGGAGGCAGCCACCGGGCUCCCCACAUUGAAACAGAAGGGCUGUUUUACUCUUUUCUGCACUUCAAAGCCAGACAUCAACAGCGCAAGCAAGAAAGGCGGCUGUGUCCCGCCAGGAGCAGGCGGGCAGCAGCGUCUCAGAGAUCAGCGACCGACUGGUGACGAGCGGCACGUUAGUCCCAGGAAUCCAUCACUGCAGUGUCCUCAGGGUGUUUCUGGAUCAUUAAAGCUGGGAGAAGGCACGUUAGCAAAGGAAAGUCUGAGGCUACUGCUAGCAUAUUCAGUGUAUAUUAUCCAUACGACAUCGCUCAGUGCUAUAAGCUUUUGUUUACUGUUUAGUUGUCCAAUGCAUAAGUGCACUGCACAACGUAAAUCCUAUAAACCAAAGCCAUGCAGAGUUUUACUCAGUGGCAGCUCAGUUAUUUUUACAAUCUGCAUCCUCUCCGCUCCUUGGAUUUUGGUUAGUCCCAGGCUUUGGCACGCUGAAGUUCAGCAUCAACCAGUUGCCCAGGCUGCGCAGUUCUCACUUCAGCUACAAAAGGAGAGACAACCUGCUAGCAACCUCCAUAUGUCUGAUAAUAAUCACAGCAAGUUCUAAAUUCCUUGCUUCCAAGUCUGUAAUUGCACAAUAAAUACUUGCUUAAUAAAGCUGAGUUUUGUUUUGUAAA